CGAAAGUGAAAGUCUGAACAACGAGAGACCAUCUUCCACCCUUCAAACCUUUCGUCUUUUUCUCCGAAAUAUCAUUGGUUGAUUUAUUCUUCUUUUUUAAUUUCUCAUUUUUUGAUUUUAUUUGGGUGGAACGUCAGCCCGAAAUUCUUCAUUUACUAUUUUUGGGCUGUUUUGUGGUCUUCAAAGAGUAAAGAUCAGCUUCAGACGAGCUGAUUUCUGGAGGUUUCUAACACAAUUCGGGGAAUCCGAGGAAUUUGGUUUGAUUGGUUUAGGGAAUGAUGGGAAGUUGUAGUCCAAUAGAUGGAGAUGACUUCUUUGAUAGCCAUGAAGAAGAAGAGAUCAGUUCUGAUUCGGUUUCAGCUUGUUAUGAGUCAAAUUUUAGUCCCAGGAAUGCCAAUGAUGUUUUAGGGUAUGAAAUUUGGACUAAGAACCCAGAAAGUGUUGAUGAACGUAGAAGUAGACUUUUGAAUUGGAUGGGGUUGAGUUCUGAUUUGAGCACUACAAAUAACGAUGAAUUCAAUGAUGCAUGUUCUGAUGAAAUCAAGAUGGAUGAUAGAACUAGGGAUAAUGGUGAAACUGUACUGGCAAACUCGGAUUCCGAAGACAAUUUCUUUUCUGGUCGGUUUUCUCAAUCUCCCCGGUCAAAUGAAGCUUCUGAACUGGCUCAAGAUGAUGCUGAGGUGGAAAACUAUUCUUGGAAAAUUAGGAAUUUGGAUAAUGGAUCGGAGUUUGUGGUGGAUGAACUGGGUCAGGAUGGCACACUUAGUCGGCUACGUGAAGUGGGUUCGAAUAAAGUGAUUCAAACAGCCCUCGGGUCUUCAGCUUUGGUGCAGAAAUUAUUGCGCCGGGAUUCAAAGCAAUCCGAUAAUGGUGUUACGAAGAAGAAAUUGAAAACAAGUUGGUUUCAGAAGCUAGCUUCUGUCGCUCAUCUUGACGAUAAAAGUCACAAGACAAAGGGAGCUCAUUUGAAUUCCAAGGGGUCUAUAAAGGCUUCUGGCACCAGCAUUCAAAGAGUUCGAGUUCAUGCAUAUAAAAAACAUUCGAAAGAAUUGUCCUCACUUUACACCGCGCAAGAAUUUCACGCUCACAAAGGCUCAAUCUUGACAAUGAAGUUCAGUCCCGAUGGUGAGUACCUAGCAAGUGCUGGAAAAGACGGAAUUGUGCGUGUUUGGAAGGUGGUUGCUGCCGAAGCUCCUAAGGAUCUGAACAGCCAGGAUGUCGAUCCUUCCUGUUUGUACUUCUCACUCAGCCAUUUAUCUAAAUUAGCUUCGCUCGACAUUGAUAAGGAGAAGAUAGUCCAGCUGAAAAAAUCGAGAAAAUCAUCCGAAUCAGCUUGUGUCAUCCUCCCACCAAAAGUAUUCCGGAUUCUAGAGCAACCAGUACAUGAAUUCCAUGGGCAUGUGGAUGAAGUUUUGGCCCUUUCCUGGUCAAGAAAUGGGUAUUUGCUGUCGUCCUCUGUUGAUAAAACAGCUCGUCUGUGGCAAGUAGGACAUGAUCAAUGCCUUGGUGUUUAUCCGCAUAAUAACUAUGUCACCUGUGUGGAAUUCAGUCCUGUGGAUGAUAACUAUUUUAUUAGCGGUUCAAUUGACGGAAAAGUACGUCUUUGGGAGGUGCAGCGUAGCCGAGUGAUUGAUUGGACUGAUGUUAAAGAAAUCGUGACUGCUGUGUGUUAUUUCCCUGAUGGAAAGGGUGGCGUUGUGGGAUCCAUGGAUGGCAAUUGCAUAUUCUAUGAUUUAGUAGGUAAUCGUUUGCAGAUGGGCUCUCAAGUGAGCUUGGAAACGCGAAAGAGAAUAACUGGAUUUCAGUUUUGCCCGAACGAUGUGAGCAAAAUUAUGGUUACUUCUGCUGAUUCACAAGUUAAAAUACUUCAUGGCUCCAACAUUAUCUGCAAAUUCAAAGGCAGCCGAAAUUCGGGAAGUCAAGUUCCUGCAACGUUCACGUCAGAUGGGAAGCACGUCCUCUCCAUCUCCGAAGAUUCAAACGUUUAUAUAUGGAGCUAUACUAGCCAGGACCAAACCGCUGCUUCUAACAAAAAGAACGUAUGGUCAUCCGAGAGUUUCUUCUCCAACGAGGCAUCAAUCGCCAUACCCUGGUGUGGGUUCGAGACCAACUCAGCCACACUGCUGCCCGGGAGGGCUCUGGCAAACGGGGACAUCAAUGAGAAGAGGCUGUCGUCUUCCCCAGACUGCUUCUCUUUGAGCCGCAGUUUCUUCCUGGACUCGUUGAACAAGGGGUCCGCGACAUGGCCAGAGGAGAAGCUGCCGGAUUAUUCGAGCCCAGUAACGGUGUCGCCUUCGAUAUCUAAGCCGGAUUACAAGAUUUUGAAGAAUGCUUGGCAGAGUGCUUUUAGUUCUCCCAACUUAUGGGGGCUUGUGGUGGUGACUGCUGGGUUGGAUGGAGUCAUCAGAACAUUUCUCAACUAUGGUUUACCAAUUCGUUUCUGAGAUAGAUCUGUUGCCAUGGCGAUUGGAAGUUGAAGACUGGAAAAAGUAUAGGUUACAGGCUUCUUCUAAUGUAUAGCUAUAAUAUUCAUUUUGUCCAAAAAAAGGGGGAAAAUUACUUAUAGCGUUGUUUUUUUAAGGUAGAUAUAUGUAAUGUUGUAUAAGCAACAACUAAAUUGAGAAAUAUACAUUAAAUUAUAUGGCUCCAAUUUAAAAUGACAUAUUCAUGACU